CUCUCUUUAGCCUUUACAAAAGAAGCCCAAAGGAAUUAAUUUUUUUUUUGUAAAGUACAAAAAUUAACUCUCCUUUUCUAAUCUAUGCCUUCUCUUAAGCUAAGAUUCAAUUUUUCAGGUUUCCAUCACUGCUGCAACUGCUGCUCCACUCCCAAAAUCCCUUCUUUCACUUCAUUUCAGAGUGAAGCUAAUAUUAAAUCAACCAUGGAUCGGCUAACCAGUGCAGCACGUCUCAUGAUAGUUUCAGAUCUUGACUAUACAAUGAUUGAUCAUCAUGAUCCCGAGAACCUCUCUCUGCUUAGGUUCAAUGCUUUAUGGGAAGCCAAUUACCGCGAAAACUCCUUGUUAGUGUUCUCAACUGGGAGAUCGCCAACACUUUAUAAGGAGUUGAGAAAAGAGAAGCCCAUGCUAACUCCAGAUAUUACCAUUAUGUCUGUCGGGACUGAAAUAACAUAUGGGAACUCUAUGUUGCCAGAUGAUGGUUGGGAAGCAUUUUUAAAUGACAAAUGGGAUCGGAAAAUAGUGACAGAGGAAACGAAAAAAUUUACUGAACUCACACUUCAGUCAGAAACGGAGCAACGACCUCACAAGGUCAGUUUCUACGUUCCAAAAGACAAGGCUCAAGAUAUAAUGAAAACUCUUUCCAAACGCUUGGAAGAACGUGGGGUACGAUGCGACAAUAGCAAAAUGAUGCUUGAUGUCAAAUUAAUUUACAGUGGAGGGAUGGCUUUAGAUAUUUUGCCGCAAGGUGCUGGCAAAGGACAAGCACUCGUGUAUUUGCUGAAGAAAUUAAAGAGUGAGGGGAAAUUACCAAACAACACGCUUGUCUGUGGUGACUCUGGAAAUGAUGCUGAGCUUUUCAGCAUCCCGGAUGUUUACGGUGUGAUGGUAUCGAAUGCACAGGAGGAAUUAUUACAAUGGCAUGCUGCAAAUGCGAAAGAUAAUCCGAAAGUAAUUCAUGCAACAGAGAGAUGUGCUGCGGGUAUAAUACAAGCCAUUGGGCGUUUCAACCUGGGACCAAGUACCUCUCCUAGAGACGUUACCGAUAUGUCAGACAGUAAGAUGGAGAAUUUUGUUCCUGCUUAUGAAUUCGUCAAAUUUUACCUGUUUUUCGAGAAAUGGAGGCGUGGAGAGAUAGAGAAUUCUGACCUUUACUUGUCGAACCUGAAAGCAGUUUGUAGACCAUCUGGUACUUUUGUGCACCCGUCUGGAGUUGAGAAAUCUCUUGAGGAAUGCGUAAAUACAUUGAAGAAGUGUCAUGGCGACAAAAAGGGUAAACAAUAUCGAAUUUGGGUUGAUCAAGUCUUACCUACACGGGUUGGUUCAGAUUCAUGGCUAGUAAGUUUCAAGAAAUGGGAGCUUUGCGGUGAAGAGAGACAAUGUUGUAUAACUACAGUCUUAUUAAGCUCAAAGAAUGUGACUGUUGCAGACGGGCUCAAUUGGACACACGUGCAUCAGACUUGGCUGCAGGGCGUGGAGUCAGCAAGUGACUCCACGACCUGGUUCUUCUAGGUUUGACUCUGGAAAUCUGGCCUUUUACACAAAUGCACAUUGUCCCUCUUUUAUAAGUAUUGCUCUUCUUUUCGACAGUUGUAGUUGUGAAGUUUAUCCUUAGAGAACGUCAGUUGUAGGCUAAAUUUUCUAAAUGUGAGUUUUGGUUUGAUUCGGUGACAUUUUUGGGACUCGUGGUCUCGAGAGAAGGAAUUCGAGUUUCUCUUUGUAACUAUGCUCUAUGAUUUGGUGUCACACCAAAAGGAAUUCUUGUUCAUACUGAAAAAUUGCAUAUAAUCAUCUCUACAUUCUCUUCUUUUA